UGGUCUACACGACAGCUGUUGUGUUCUCUACACAUUUGAUCAGACGAUACGUUACACGUUGUUCCUCUUAACGGGGUCAAAACUGGGUCGUAUAGCGUGGCGCCCACUUUUGCCAGUUAUCCCGGCGUACGAAUAAUAACUGCUUUAUAAUCCCCCACCCGCUUUGCCUGCAUUGAUUUCUUCUCAUCAGCGAAAGAAUCUUGUGUACAUUUAGAUAUACAUGAACUUGCUUCGUCCACGGGUAUCUAGCUCAAUAUCGAAAAUGGCCGAAGAGUUAGGGUCAGCUGCUGCUGCUGCUGCAACAUCAACAUCAACAUCAACAUCAACCUCAACCUCAUCAAGAGCAAAAACGAGAUCAUUGUGGCCUUCUGUCCUUCGUUGGAUCCCUACUUCCACCGAUCACAUCAUUGCAGCCGAAAAACGCCUCCUCUCUCUAGUCAAGACUCCUUAUGUCCAAGAGCAAGUUAAUAUAGGGUCAGGCCCGCCUGGGUCCAAAGUGAGGUGGUUUCGUUCUGAAAGCAAUGAGCCACGUUUCAUUAACACCCUUACCUUCGAUAGCAAGGAGGACUCGCCCACGCUCGUAAUGGUCCACGGAUAUGCUGCUUCUCAAGGCUUCUUCUUUCGGAAUUUUGAUGCUCUCGCUAGUCGUUUCAAGGUCAUUGCUAUUGAUCAGCUUGGCUGGGGUGGAUCAAGUAGACCUGACUUUACAUGCAAAAGCACCGAAGAAACUGAGGCAUGGUUUAUUGACUCCUUUGAGGAAUGGAGGAAAGCGAAAAACCUCAGUAACUUCAUAUUACUUGGACAUUCUUUUGGAGGAUAUGUUGCAGCUAAAUAUGCUCUCAAGCAUCCUGAGCACGUUCAGCAUUUGAUUUUAGUGGGACCUGCUGGAUUUUCAUCAGAAGCAGAAGCUAAGUCAGAGUGGAUUACUCAAUUUAGAGCAACUUGGAAAGGAGCAAUUAUUAAUCAUUUGUGGGAAUCUAAUUUUACUCCUCAGAAGCUUGUUAGAGGUUUAGGUCCUUGGGGUCCAGAUCUUGUACGCAGGUAUACUAGUGCUAGAUUUGGUGCAUAUUCCACUGGAGAGGUAUUAACUGGGGAGGAGUCUAAAUUGCUAACAGACUAUGUUUAUCACACUUUAGCAGCUAAAGCUAGUGGGGAACUCUGCUUGAAAUAUAUAUUCUCUUUUGGAGCAUUUGCCCGCAUGCCUCUUCUACAAAGAGCAUCUGAGUGGAAAGUUCCAACUACUUUCAUAUAUGGAUUUCAAGAUUGGAUGAAUUAUCAAGGGGCCCAAGAAGCUCGCAAGCAUAUGAAGGUCCCAUGUGAAAUCAUUAGGGUUCCCCAGGGUGGACAUUUUGUCUUCAUAGACAAUCCAACAGGAUUUCAUUCAGCUAUGUUCUAUGCUUGCCGGAGAUUUCUCUCGCGUGACCCUGAUAAUGAAUCCCUUCCUGAAGGUCUGACAUCUGCAUAGCUUUUUUGUGUAUAAUUUUAUCCCAGAUGUGAAUUCAAUUAGAAAAUUCACACCAAUAUUCAUCGAUAUAACAUUCUUUACAUGUAUAUGUAUAUGUAAAAUUUCUUGAAUAUACUACAGAUAUAUAUAUGUAUAAACCAACAUUCAAGAAAAAAUGUCCCCAAGGAUUGACAAUUAAGGACAUGUUUACUAACAAUAUUUUUUUGGCUCAA